AUGUUCUUUUCUCUGCUGAAAAUGGACUUCAGACGAGUCAAACCAGAGCUAGAAAAUAGCAGAGAAUUCCGGAAAUCUAUCAAGAGAUUCUUCCAGAUUUGCGAUACUGAUGAUGAUGAUUUUGUAACAUUUGCCGAGUACGAUAAUUGCAACAAAAGAUACGACGACGCUCUGAGUAAAGAAUUUCCCGAAAUUUACAAAAAUCAUCAAGAUUUUCUGACGGAAGAAGUGAAAGUUGGCAUCCAAAACUUCCUCGACACCAAUAACGACAAAAAAUUCACGGCAAAGGAGCUCGCCGGCAGCUACUAUUAUAUAACUCGCAAGUUUCUCGAGAUUUACUUGCACCAUACCUCGGCAAACAGAGACGGUUGGCUCUUGAACGAGAUCCAAAGAAUAUUUGAGGCGUUUACCGUCCCGGACAACUUUGAUAUAGAAAAACAUGUGCCAAUCUACCGUUUUGUGCCGAUGAGCUUCAAAAUCGUCCUAAACUCUAACUCCCGCUUCCGUCUCAACCGACUCGUCUCUAGAAUCGACCCAAACAACGACGGUGCACUUGACCCUGCAGAACUGACCAACUUCUUUUUGAAAAUAACGGACAAUUUUUCAAAAAUCAUGAAGAAAUUUCUGUAA